AUUUACAUUCAGUGAUCGCAGAAUUCUCGCCUUAAACAAGUAUAAACUGCCUUUUUUAAAUGAUUAAUUUUAUUAGUUUGUGAUGCUUUUUCUUGGAACAGACUAAAGGGUGUUAGGUGAAAGACUAGUAUCUGAUUCUUUUGAUGGUCCCUUUGAAGCGUGAAGAAAUUCAAAAACAUUAAAAAUGAUGCUAGUUACCAUCAUUUUGAUGUUGUCGUUCGGAAUUGGAAAUAUGUACCCUUCAGGCCAUUUUCAAUACUACCCAGAAGAUGAAUCUCCAGCAGAAACAGCUCUGCGAGUUCUCAGAGGAAAUGAUGUUCAGUCUUCUAAACCCUCAGCACACAUUUCCAUGGGUGUAACCAAUCCAAUCUUAGGUUCAGGUCCUCAGAAGAGCACAUGGUGGUGGUCUCCAGAAAGUCCUUACAUGAAGAGGAGACAGAAUCUGGCGUACUACAAUCUCAACUCCUUCGGCCUUCGCUAUGGGAAGAGAGAACAGAACAUGCUUGCAGAAUUUAAGCAGAUACCUGUAAAGUAAUAUGUAUAUCGAUAUUAUGUUGAUUCCUUAGAGAUUUACAUAACUUAAUCUAUUUAAAUGACUGAUAUAAAGUAUUUUAAAGUAGAAUUGAUCUGUGGACAGAACACCUAUGAAACAGUUCUUUGGUAAUGAUCCUGUUGAGGACACAUUUUGCUGAUGCUGAAUAAACCACGCUGAUCUCAGAAAGAUCUGCUUUCUGUUUGCCUACUAUGAUAAUGACACGAAGUAUAAUUUAAGGAAAAGUAUCACUUGACUUGUCAGAAUAUAUUGAAAAUGUUUCUUGUUGGCAUGGUGAACAAAAUCUGAAAAAAAGAGACUUUUUUCAAUCUUGUAUGUGACUUUAAGGCCAAAGCACAUGCUCUGAUUCUUUCCGGAUUUAUAUGUGUUUUGUUUUGUUUUAAAUGCUGCACAUUA